CAUGAACUUCCUUUUUAUAUGGCGGACGUUGCGUUCGCUUGAUGUGUGGGAUAGGUGAAGAGUAGUUUAAGUUUUUAAGAAAAUGUCGUUAGCUACCGCACGCCCCUUGGUGAGCGUGUACAAUGAGAAAUCCGAAGAGAUUAAAGAAUAUCCCAUUGCUUUGCCCGCCGUCUUCAAAGCCCCAAUCAGGCCCGAUGUAGUCAACUUCGUGCACCAACAACUCUCCAUGAACCAUCGUCAAGCCUACUGCGUCAGCGACAAAGCUGGUCACCAGACUUCAGCUGAGUCCUGGGGUACAGGCCGUGCUGUGGCACGUAUCCCACGUGUUCGCGGCGGCGGUACUCACCGCUCUGGCCAGGGUGCUUUUGGCAACAUGUGUCGUGGGGGGCGCAUGUUUGCUCCAACUAAACCAUGGCGCCGUUGGCACAGACGGGUGAAUGUCAACCAACGUCGGUACGCGCUGGCUUCGGCUGUGGCUGCUAGUGGAAUACCCGCUUUGGUCUUGAGCAAGGGGCAUGUUAUCGAUCAGGUGCCUGAGCUGCCUUUGGUUGUCUCAGACAAGGUCCAGGAGUUGACCAAAACCAAGCAAGCCGUGCAGUUUUUGAGACGCGUUAAGGCCUGGUCUGAUAUUCAAAAGGUUUACAAGAGUCAGCGUUUCCGUGCUGGCAAAGGUAAAAUGCGUAACCGAAGACGCAUCCAACGCCGAGGUCCUCUGGUGGUUUACCACAAGGACCAAGGAUUACGUCGUGCAUUCCGUAACAUCCCAGGAAUUGAUUUAAUUAGCGUCGAAAAAUUAAAUCUCUUGAAAUUGGCCCCUGGCGGUCACGUUGGACGUUUCGUUAUCUGGACUGAGACUGCUUUCCAGAGACUAGAUAGAUUGUUUGGAAGUUGGAAAGUUCCAUCAGCUGAAAAGAAGGGUUAUAAUUUACCUCAACCCAAGAUGUCUAAUACUGAUCUGGCGCGUCUUCUCAAAGCUGAUGAAAUUAAGAAAGUUCUGCGUGUACCACAAAAGAAGGUUGUUCGUCGUGUACGUCGUUUGAAUCCAUUGAGCAACACUAGAGCUAUGUUGCGGCUUAAUCCAUAUGCUGCCGUAUUGAAGCGUAAGGCGAUUCUUCAAACAAGAAAGCGUCUUCAGAAGAAGCCAGUUGCAAAGGUGGCAGCAGAGAAGGCCAAGGCUCCUGAAAAAAAGAAGACCCCAACAAAGAAGACGCCAACAAAGAAAUAAAGGGAUUAGUUUAAGUUCUUAUGUAAUUUUAUAUAUGGACUAAAUAAUCCUUGUUUAUUUGUAAUUAAAAAAUAAAUAAGUUGUGAAAA